UUCCCACAGACCAGAUAUGAGUCCGGCAGCUGCGCAGGAGAGAUUCCCAUCGCCAAGUUUGAUUAUGAUCAUGAUGUCGGACCUUGCUGGAGAUCUUUCUAGUUGCCAAGAUCUCUACCAAGGUACGACAUCAUCAUAAUCAAAAUGUCUUCCGUGGUGUUUGGACCUUGGUACAUGAAGCGCUCAACUUUGAGCUCCCCUACUCUGCUAUGUCAAUCCUGUCUGCAGCGGUUCAAGGAAACGUGAUAACAACGAAAGACAUGGCGUCAUUCGUCUGACUCUAGCUCAAAUUCAUCCUCCGAUAGCGACUUGGAUUCGGAUUCGGACUCGUACGAUGAAGAAAUCACUUACUUGCGGUCUCUUUUAGACAAUGCAAAAUCAAAAACGCUCGACAGUCGGCUAAAUUGAAAAGGGCACUCGGGAACAUGGGUUUGGUGACGGAGAAGACAUUAUCAGAUUGGGUGGCGACGAAUUGGAAAGGUAAUGCAUGUUAUAUGCUUCAUUAUUUUGCUGAGUUUCGCUACAGACCAUUGCCGCCAUUGGAUCCCGGGAGCUUCCCCCUGCAUAUUUCGCUGACGCCCCUGCUACUGUACGAGAAGCAGCUACCUCUGGAACCAUUACUCCUGCACCCCCUCCAAAAUCAAGCUGGUUUGACCUUCCAGCACCCGCUGAAGCUGAUCUCCCUCGAUUGCAUCGUGAAAUUGAGGCUCUUCACCUGCACAAUCAACUUGACCCCAAACGCUUCUACCGCAAAGACGACGACGAUGGGAAGAGUAUCAAAAACAUUUUGCUAUUGGUACUAUUGUGACUACAAACACGCCAUUCGGCACAGCAAGUACAGACAACCUUCCUCGUGCUCAUCGCAAGAGAACUUUGGUCGACGAGUUGAUAUAGCGAGCGGUAUCCAGUCUUUUCAGGUCAGUUGGAUCUCAAAGGCUUCCGCCGCCCAACGAGCUGGUCGCGCGGGUCGUACAGGUCCAGGACAUUGCGACAGGCUCUAUCCCUCCGCUCUCUACGAGCAUUAUUUCGAGUCAUCUUCACAGCCUGAAAUCCUGCGUACGCCGAUCGAGGGUGUCGUUUUGCAGAUGAAAAGCAUGAACAUCGACGCCGUUGUCAACUUCCCUUUCCCAACCCCUCCAGAUAGACAGGUGUUGAAAAUGGCUGAGACGGUCCUCACUCGUCUUGGUGCACUUAGUGGUACACCUCUUGUAUCGCAAGCGGGGGUGUCUAUGUCAACGAUCGGGGGCCAAGUGACGCCUCUAGGGAAGGCAACGAGCUUGUUCCCGCUUUCCCCACGCUUCUCUCGAAUGCUUGUUGGGAGUCAACAACAUGGCUGUCUACCCUAUGUGAUCUUGAUUGUGGCAGCUAUGUCGGUCGGGGACCCUUGUCUUCGUGAAGAAGGGUUAGACGUCGAUAGUGAGUCCGAUAGCGACGAUGAAGGACUGGGACACAUCAAGAGCGCUUCCAUCAGAGCCAAAGAGGCGAGGAGAGCCCGUCGGCGGACAUUCUCCGAGUCUCAGCAGGCUCGUCUUCCACCUAUUUGUCCAAAAUUUUACUGAACGCUAAGACAGGCCGCGCCCAAUCGCUUGCAUGCAUUAUUGACACCGGGUUUUUUUUACUCCAACUCGAUUUCACCUCCACUGGGUGCUGAGCAGUUUUGCGUAAUGUCUCUUGUGCCUUCGCAAG